UUUAAGGAAGCGGCGUGGGAGGCCCUUGGUUGGUGCGCCGUAGUUGAAAGACAAACCUCUUUGAAUAUCCGUACGGGACAGUUUUGAAAGUGGGCUACAGACGGAUGUAUAGAAACAUCGACUGUGAUAAUAACGUUGUACACCUAUUAUACAGAGCAUGGAUUUAAGAACUACGACGUCAAGAAGGACUAGUUUCUCGUUGUGAUCUGGGUGAGAAUGAAGACAUGCUGUGAAAUUUCUGUGUGCCAUACAGUCAUUUUAGGUAUUUAACUCAGAUUUCAGGAUGACCUGACUGAGUAGCCUGUCCAACCUAUCAAACUGUGGGUAACAGACGUUGCCUGUGUCUGAUUGGUUCCUGCUGCUUGGCAUGGAGAUGGUUCCGUGGGCCACUCUGCUGAUGACAUGCAUCUGGCUGCAGAGUCUCACAACUGUCGCCCUGGACUCCUGCCCAGUGACACCACGCAAGGCUGUGGAUUUUUCUGUCCCCUACAGUUUGCCCUCCUUCCAAACACUGAACCCUAUACAAAACAUUGUGGUCGAUUUUUCGCAUGAUGUCUACGUGGCCUCUCGGAAUUUUCUGGAGGGUGUGAACGCCAGCCUGGAUAAGAUAUGGGAGGUGCGCACUGGUCCUGUGGGCAGCUCUGACUGUAAAAUCUGUAGCUCAUGUCCCAUUCCAACAGAUCCCAACCAUCCCGAGGACACAGACAACGAGGUAUUAUUGUUGGACCCACAGCUUCCGUAUUUGUAUUCUUGUGGGAGCACUCAGUAUGGGGUCUGCUAUUUCCACGAUCUUCAAUCACUUCCCCUGAAUUCAUCAAAAUGCCUGUUUAAAGAGGAGUCAAACUCCCCUGCAGACUGCCGCGAUUGCCUGGCCAGUCCUCUCGGCACAAAAGCUAGCAUUGUGCCCGUAGGGCACACUGCCUACUUUUUCGUGGCAGCAACUGUUGAUGAGCACGUGACUGAGCGGUAUGGCAGACAGUCCAUAUCAGUGCGGCGGCCUUUGUCAACCGAGGACGGCUUCUACGUGGAAGUGAAAGGCCUCACAGUGUUGCCAAAUCUACGCGCAUCCUAUCGCAUUGAUUACAUCUACAGCUUUGCCACGCAAGAUUUUGUGUACUUCUUGUCAGUGCAGAGGGAGAAUCCAGAUUUAGAGUCCUCCCGCUUGCAGACGAGGCUCGGGCAGCUGCCGAGCCGGGACUGGGAAAUGUGGAGGUACCGGGAAGUGGUUCUGGAGUGCCGCUACGAACCCAAGCGAAGGAGGAGGAGCGCAAAGUAUCAUGACGUGAUCUACAACGUAGUGCAGGCGGCACAUUUCGGGAAAGCCGGGAAGGAGUUCGCCGGCGAGCUGGGUGUGGGUGUGGACGACGAUAUUCUGUACGGGGUGUUUGCCGUGACGGACGCGGGUGGAAGGCUCCUCGACGACUCGGCCCUCUGCGCCUUCCCAAUAAAAUUUGUGAACAAGGCCAUCGAGGCGGGAGUGAAAGACUGCUGCAGCUUCAGCCCGGAGCAACUCUCCCGGGGCCUCUGCCACUUUCAGCUCUGCGAGAGCUGUCCACAUGAGCAGAGCAAGGAGGACAAUGUCACCUGCACAGAGACACCCACCAUGGUGUCCCAGCCCUACUACAGGGUGGACCUCUUCAACAGAGAGAUGCGGAAUGUCCUGCUCACCUCUGUGCUGGUCACCACUUUCCAAUUCCAAACCAUUGCUCACAUUGGGACCAAGGAUGGGCGGAUUCUGCAGUUCAUCCUAAGGAGAUCUGGUCCCACACUUUUUGCCAAUUACUCCCUGGCAGAGAAUGAGAUGGUGUCACCAGUCGCUGCUGUGCAGUCAGAGGAAUCCUUGCUCUUUGUGGUGGGAAACAAGAUGUUCAGCGUGCCCCCCCGGGGUCCAGGCUGCCGUCACUUCCUCACUUGCGGCAUGUGUUUGACGGCCCCCGCCUUCAUGGGCUGCGGCUGGUGCUCGGGAGUCUGCUCCCGGAAGCCCGAGUGCAGCGGCCAGUGGGGGAGCGAUUCCUGCCCACCUGUCCUCACCGAGUUCUUCCCAAAGACAGCGCCCCCUGAUGGUGAAUCGGAACUUACGCUGUGUGGCUGGGAGUUUCAGUCCCCUCCGCGGCCUGCCAUUAGACCUGGAACUCACCUGGUGAGGGUGGGGCAGACAACCUGUACAGUACUGCCUGAGAAGAGCAACAGCGCACAGCUGGUGUGUAAAAUCAAUUCAAGGCAAGAGCCCCAGCCUGUCUCCAUCACUGUGGAAGUACAUGAGGGGAAGGGGGAGGGACGCUACUACAUCAAUGGGACAGCCCUGAUCGAUGGAUUCACUUUUGUGGCCCCGGACAUCACAGAUGUUUUGCCUGAUUAUGGGCCCAUAACUGGGGGCACCCUGAUUACUGUGACAGGGCAUCACCUGAAUGCUGGAAACAACAGGAGAGUUACUCUGGAUGAGGAGCCAUGUGUGAUCAAUAGUGUUUCCCCAGGUAGCGGAAACCUUUCCUCAAUUGUCUGCGUCUCAAAGCCUUCGGCCGAGCUGAAGGACGCGGUCCUGGUGGUGCACAUUGACAAGUCCCGCGUGCCCUCCACUGUGCCCUUUCACUACCGAGAGAAACCAGUGAUCACCCAGGUGGACCCACAUUGCAGCUUUCGCGGAGGGUCCAAAGUCACCAUCACAGGCAGGAAUCUGGAUUCUGUCUACAAGACCAUCAUCCGCUUUGUGCCCAGCAACAACAAGCAGCCUGUACAAUGUUAUUGUUAUGGGGCAGGGAGUCCCACCCAGAUGGAGUGUGUGACCCCCCCUUUCCUUGAAGAGGAGUCCAUAGAAGGGCAUCUCUCCAUUGACAUGGAUGGGGCCAUUGAUCUUUGGAAACAGAAGUUCUGGUAUCACCCACAUGGUGAACCUAUCCCCUUUGACACAUUGCGACUAUCUCCCGAUCAGGAUGAAGUGUCUCUGCAUCACAAGAGAUUGAAUCUUGUCAGUACCUGUAUGAAAAUCAUUAUGCUGGUGGGAGAAGUGGACUGUAAGGCCUCAGUCCUGGUCAAUGAAAUCACUUGCAGGAUCCCCAAUAGCCUGACUAUCCCCAGUGAAGGUUUGCCUGUGAGGGUCUCUGUCAAUGGGCAUGUGUAUUUCGUGGGCAAGGUGAUCCACGUCAGCAACAACUCAGCAGUGGGCAUCGUGCUGGGAAUCCUAGCUGCACUGGUGGUUGGGGCCGUGCUAGCUUUUUUUGUCAUGAGACACCUGAGGAAGUUGAAGAAAGGUGAAGCUUCCCAGGCAGAGCACCGUUUGUCUUAUUUCUCCAGCCAGACCAGGAACAACAUUAUUGCAGACACCUCUCCUACUGGUGACUACAGACGAGAACUGUCUUCAGACAGGACAUCUGGAUCAGGUGCGAUGGCGUUUCCUGGUCUGGCCUAUACCAACAGCCUUGACUCCACACUGAGGCCCCUCAUGUACCCAGAAAAGAUCUGUAUUGCCAACCUCCGGCCAGAGCUGCUGGUGGAGGUGAAGGAUGUGCUGAUCCCAGCUGAGAUGCUUGAUGUGCAGUACCACCAGAUCGUCGGCAAGGGUCAUUUUGGAACAGUGUACCAUGGCUAUUUAAAAGAUCAGAAUAGCAAAGAAAUCCACUGCGCAGUGAAAUCCUUGAACAGGAUCACAGACAUCGAAGAGGUGGAACAGUUCCUGAGGGAGGGAAUUUUCAUGAAGGGCUUCCACCACACCAAUGUGCUCUCCCUGCUCGGUAUCCUGCUGCCCGAGGAGGGGCUUCCCCUGGUGGUUCUUCCCUACAUGAAGCAUGGGGACCUCCGCCACUUCAUCCGCAGUGAGAACAGGAAUCCUACUGUGAAAGACUUGAUUGGCUUUGGACUACAUGUUGCAAAGGGGAUGGAAUACUUAGCAGGGAAGAAAUUUGUGCACAGAGACCUUGCGGCACGAAACUGCAUGCUGGACGAGUCAUACACAGUGAAGGUGGCAGACUUUGGCAUGGCACGGGAUGUCUUGGACAAAGAGUACUACAGUGUUCAGAACCAUAGGAAGGCAAAGCUGCCGGUCAAGUGGAUGGCCAUCGAGAGCCUGCAGACGCAGAAGUUCACCACCAAGUCUGAUGUGUGGUCCUUUGGCAUCUUGAUGUGGGAGCUGUUGACCAGAGGAACUAGCCCCUACCCACAGGUUGACCCCUAUGACAUCACACAUUACUUGCUGAAGGGGCGGCGGCUCCCCCAGCCACAGUUCUGUCCUGACUCUCUGUAUACCAUCAUGCUCCAGUGCUGGAACCCUGAGCCAGAGCAGAGGCCCAGCUUUACCACUCUCGUCUCUGAGGUGUCAGAGAUCCUAUCCAACAUGGAGGGGGACCACUAUAUCAACCUCCAAAUCACCUACGUCAAUGUGGACCAGCCCCGCAUUUACCCCCCCAUCAUAGAAUCUGCAGAUGAGCUCGAGUCGGACUCAGCCAGCGAAUGCUCGGGCUCCGAGUGAGGGCGUCCAGAGGUGGGCGCUGGCGGUUAGCCAAGGGUCACCUGGUGGAUAGCUGGUGCUCAGCCAAUCCUCAAGUGCCUGCCUGCUGAACAGGAGCCCCUCACUUGAACGCUUGUGGAAACUGUGCCGCAGGUUUGUGGAAACCAUGUUUUAAAAUGGGGCCAGUUGUUGACUCAUGUUACCAUGGCAAUGGGUGACAAAUGGAGGAGCUGCUCAGGUGGAACUCCCCCUCUCAAGAAAGCAGAAGGCAGCCUGCAGGGGGAUAUGAGGCACUGUAAAACCCCCUUGUUAUUCCAGUUGUGUGUACUGUCCGUUGCAUUUGUGUGCACUAUGUCUGCGGCAUUUGUGUGCACUAUGUCUGUUGCAUUGGUGUGCAUUAUGUCUGUGGCAUUUAUGCAUACUAUGUCUGUUGCAUUUGUGUGCACUAUGUCUGUGGCAUUUGCAUGUACUAUGUCUGUAGAAUCUGUGUGUACUCUGUCUGUGGAAUUUCUGUGUAUAUGUCUGUAGAAUCUGUGUGCACUUUGUCUGCAGCAUUUGUGUGUACUAUGUCUGUAGAAUCUCUGUGCACUUUGUCUGCAUCAUUUGUGUAUACUAUGUCUGUUUAAUCUGUGUGCACUAUGCCUGUGGCGUUUCCGUGUACUAUGUGUGUAGAAUCUGUGUGACUGUGUCUGUGGCAUUUGUGUGUAUUGUGUAUUUCAGGAUAUUGAGCUUGUAAUAUCCUCCUCCCCCUGCUCAUGUGCACAGAAAUCUGGCACAAGGAAGAACUGUAAAUAAGACCAAAUGUGGAUUUUAUAUAUUUUUUUGGAUCUCAUUUUUUAUUAUGAUAGACAUUUACAUUUCAAGAUUGAAAUCAAAAAAUGAUCAUUUCCACUUUGUCAAAACCCCUUUUCAUGUUCGAUGAAGUGUUGAGUCUUAUAUAAUAAUAUAUCAUUAAUUAUUGUUAUAAACACAUUCUACUAUACAGGCAAACCUGGGAGGAACAGUUAGAAAACAAGUACGUUCUUGGUUUGCGGUUUUCCAUUCACAUGGAUCAGUGACAUUGCUUUGCUAGAGUAAUUUGUCUGUGCUCUUCGGCAUACAGUAUAUAAUUCAGGGUGCAUUAAACAGCUAAAAUAUUUUCCGUCACCAUUAAUGAAAAGGAAAUUUUUCUGUAUUUAGUUGAUGUUUUGCACUAUUCAUAAACACAAACACCUUCAGAUAUCAAAUCAAAACCAGGAUCAGAGUGGCUGUUAUAUCAGAUGACACCUUCUAACGUUACAACGAGCAGAGGAUGAUGAAUCUACUGGUGGCUGGACAGGCACACACACAAACACACACACACACACACACACACACAGCUCUGCUCUGCUCUGCUCUGCUCUGCAUCUGGGGAGAUCAAUUUAUUACUAUUCAUAGAAUAAAAUCUCUCUCUGGGAGGGGUUGAGACACAAGGUUAUGACAGCAUUGAAUGACCAGUUAAUUUUUCCAUCCAUAGUGUGUUCAUUUCUAUGACUAAGCACAAUCUAAUGUUUUUCUAAAAAGGAAGUCAUUUCCUCUUGGCAAGCUGUGUUUAACAAGGCAAGCAGUGUUCCUCAUCUGCAGGCUGAAACAGUAACAAUGGGAUUUUUUGACAGAAUGGGACCUUUUCAGAAUGUAUGUUUGUAGAAGGAAGUAGGGAUGGAAAUUGGAUGGACAAUAAUUGGUGCACACACACACAUACUCACACACACUCACAGGAAUGCACAUACAAUCAUUUUUGCAUUAGUAGUAGGCUAUUAGUGUGAUAUAAUUUCAUUGACAUUGCAAAGAGAGACAAGAACUUGAUAUUCACUCUUCACAGAUUUAAACCUUUUGGGGAAAUUUAAAAAAAUAUAUAUGAUUGUUAAAAAAUGAUAGAAAUUAAAAUUCUGUUAUAACAAUUAUGCUUGAAUCUAAAUAUGCUUAAACUUUAAUUAAGCCACAAGGGACCUAUCUUUGAAAACAAGUUUCAAAAACAGGCUUGCAGUAACUAACCCUUUGUGAGCACUGAGUACGAGGAUGAAGCGAAAGCUUAGCCACUUGAUUCCACUAAGAAACAUUGCACUAAUAAACUCAGGCAGAAUUUAUUUUAUUUUAUAUAAAAUGUCUUCAUUUUUCCCCACAAAUUUGGAUUUUGGGAAUUUCUGAUUUAAAAAAAAAAAAUUCUGAUUGUUUUAUUUAUUUUUUAUUCUAUUCCUUUCGAUUGGAAGGAUGCAGUUGUACAAGGAGAUACAGUUUAAAUCUCAUGUUAAAUUUACAAAUUGAAAAGAAUGUCAAUAAAAAAAAUGUCCAUGCUCUUGUG